AUGUCAACCCUCGAAUCCGACGGUCUAUCCGUCACCUACGCCUCGGACCGCACAGGCGCACCCGAUCUGCGCCUGAUCCACUUCAAUGACGUCUAUCACAUCGAGUCCGGAUCAGCCGAGCCUAUCGGUGGUGCCUCCCGAUUCCAGUCUCUCGUAAACUAUUACCGCUCCGACCCGCGAUUUACCGGUCAACCUGACGUUCUCACCUUCUUUUCCGGCGAUGCUUUCAACCCCAGCCUCGAAAGCACGGUCACAAAGGGUCGCCAUAUGGUGCCAUUUCUGAAUAAAACUGGGAUCGACGUUGCGUGUGUGGGAAAUCAUGAUCUGGACUUUGGAGUGGCACAAUUCCGACAUUUGUCGAGUCAGUGUCAUUUCCCAUGGUUGUUGGCCAACGUUCUUGAUCCAGCUCUUGGAGUGGAUGUUCCGAUCGCCAACUGCGGCAAGAUGAGCUUGCUGACCUCCAAUGGAAUCAAGAUCGGUGUGAUUGGUCUAGGGGAGAGAGAAUGGCUUGGUACGAUUAACUCUCUUCCGCCCGACUUGAUUUACAAAUCAGCUGCCGCAACCGCGAAAGAACUGGCACCGCAACUUCGAGAACAGGGUGCAGAAUUGAUCGUCGUCGUUUCUCAUCAGCGGGAGCCAAAUGACAAUAAACUGGCCCAAAACCUCACCUCCGGAUUAGUUGAUAUUAUUCUUGGUGGGCAUGAUCACUACUACGCUCAUACAGUCGUUAAUGGUACCCACGUGCUGCGAUCUGGGACCGAUUUUAAGCAACUGAGCUACAUUGAGGCUUUCCGCAAACCCGGUGCCGGGGCAGGGUGGGAUUUCAACAUCAUACGGCGGGAUGUCAUGCGAUCGAUUCCAGAGGAUCCGGCGACUGUGGCUAUGGUUGAUCGACUAACAUCCAGCCUCCAGGCGAAGCUGGAAAAGCCAGUAGGUUACACAGUUAGUCCGCUUGAUGGUCGAUUCUCUACUGUUCGUCAGCGUGAAUCUAAUUUGGGCAACUUUGUCUGCGACCUAAUGCGCUAUUACUACGGCGCCGAUUGCGCGAUGAUGGCUGGUGGGACUAUUCGUGGUGAUCAAAUUUACCCACCCGGUAUUCUACGGCUUAAAGAUCUGCUUAAUUGUUUCCCUUUUGAAGACCCGGUUGUUCUGAUACGUCUUCCGGGCCAAGCCUUACUGGAUGCUUUGGAAAAUGGAGUAAGUCAGCUCCCGGCCCUCGAGGGUCGAUUCACUCAAGUCUCCAACAUUUCCUUUGGCUUCAAACUAGACGCCCCAUCUGGCUCACGCAUCACAUUUGCGCGAGUAGGUGGCCAGCCUAUUGACCUGGAACGGGAAUAUGUUGUUGCCACGCGAGGUUACAUGGCACGGGGAAAGGAUGGAUUUUCAUCGCUACUAGUGAAAUCUGAAGGUGGUGAUGUUGAGGAACUAGUAUGUGAAGAGAAUGGAGUUCUCAUCAGCACUAUACUGCGCCAGUACUUCCUCAGCCUCAAGGUCCUCGGCAAAUGGCGUCGCUGGAGUCCGAGUCUGCGACGACACUGGGGAUUGGUGCACCGUGGUUUGCAUACUGGUGGCUGGCUGAAGCCACCUUCUGCAGUGCCGUCGCCAGUGAUGGAGAAAGCGCCGGCCCAUCGACUGGGUGUACGACCGCCGCUUCAACGCACAGGUCGAGAUGCUUAUUAUUAUGGACGUUUCCCUCAGGAAAUUGAACCGACCCAAGUUGCCACCAAUGGGACGAACAGCGAUGCCAUGGACUCGGACUCGGACGAGAACCCCGAGAUCCUCACGUCACCUAGGCCAACAAGAAACUAUGUGACAUGCACGGCAAAGUCAUCUGCGGACGAAGAACAUCGCAUGAAACUUGCACGCCGUGUUGUUCGAAAAUGGAUGCGACACGCCGGCUUAGAGCCCUCGGUCCUCAACACCAUGGACGGCGAGGGUGAGUUUAUUCCUCCGUGGACGUCUGGUAUUUCCCCUCGUCUCGAGGGGCGUAUCGUGAUCGAGUGA